AUGGUUCAUCGGAAAUUGAAAAUAAAGUGCCGAGGGUACAUCAGGGUGCAUCUGCCCAGGGAGUUCAGCGCUGAUGUAUCAUACCACGCCUCCCUGACAAGUGGUAAAUUCCCAAAGAAGAUUUGGCAGACAUGGAAGGUCGAUCCAUUGGACUUCGAAGAACGAGAUCUGACAACUGCAAGAACUUGGAUCUUGAAGAACCCAGAACAUAGAUACGAGGUCUUGACGGAUCAAAACGACUUAUACUAUGUGGAAACAUAUUAUGGCCCAGCUGGUUUCAACCGACCGGAUAUUGUACGCACAUACCGGUCCCUUACUACAAAGAUCGUCAAGGCGGACCUACUGCGAUAUCUCAUCAUGUAUGCAGAAGGUGGAGUCUAUACGGAUAUUGACGUCGAGGCUCUCAAGCCCAUUGAGCGCUUCAUACCCGGUCGAUACAACGAAAGGGAUGUCGACAUGGUUAUUGGCGUUGAGAUUGAUCAGCCAGAGUUCAGGAACCACAGUAUCUUGGGAGGCAAGUGCGAAUCAUUCUGUCAAUGGACCUUCAUGGCCAAGCCUCGACUUCCAGUAAUGAUGAGGCUCGUCAACAAUAUCCUGAAGUGGCUUAAUGAGGUUGCUUCAAAGCAAGGAGUAGCAAUUUCAGACAUUCAUCUUGAUUUCGACGAGGUGAUUAGCGGAACUGGACCGUCCGCUUUCACUCGAGCAGUUAUUGAAGAUAUGGCUGCUCGUACUGGUGAAACACUUCGUUGGGAUUGCUUCCACAAUCUAGGCGAGUCGAAACUUGUGGGCGGGAUCCUGGUGCUCACGGUCGAGGCGUUCGCAGCCGGGCAAGGGCAUUCGGAUUCCGGCAACCAUAAUGCUAAAACAGCCUUGGUCAAGCACCAUUAUCAUGCAUCCGGCUGGCCGACCGCUCAUCCUCGAUACACCCAUCCCGUAUAUGGAGAGGUCGAGAAGUGCAAUUGGGAUGCAGAGUGCAUCAGACAAUGGGACGCCAACAAAGCAGCAUUCGAGGGACUGUCACCUGAAGAACAGGCAAAUCAAAUUGCCAUGAAAGAAGCCGCUGAAGCAGCGGCGGCGGCUGCUGAGGGGCUUGUCCCUUUGGAAGCACAAUUGACCAUUCCAUAG